AUGACAAACAACGACCAGAAGCAAAAUAACGAUACAGUUCCGCAAAUGGAUGAUGGUGAUUUUAAUAAAAUUCCAACUAUAAGCAACAACUCUGUUGUUGUAGAAGAUUUAGCUAACAACAAUCCUAAUAAAAGUUCUACCAUUGUCAACAACUCCAUGCAAUCAAGCUUGAGUACUAGUAGCGAUAGUUUUAAUACUAGAAACAAUUCUAAUUCUGAGCAAGAUUCAAGUUCUACUAAUGAUAACAAUAUCUCCAAUAAUAGUUACAACACGGAAGGUGCCAAUUCUACACCUGAAAACGAUGUUUCUAAGCAAAAUCCAGAGUCUGUUAGUGACAAUAAUAACCUUGAUUCUAUUACUGUCAAUGGUAAUUCUAGUAAUAGUUCUACUGAUAGGCAGGAUUCAAAUUCUACUUCUGAAAACGAUGUUUCUGAGCAAAAUUCGAAGCUUUCUAGUGAUAACGAUAAUCUUAACACUAAGCAAAAUUCAGAAUCUAUUGCUACCAAUGGUGAUUUCGACAAUAGUUUUGAAGAUUCAAAUCCUAUUCUUAAUGAGCAAAAUUCGAGAUUUAAUAAUGACAACAAUGAUCCUUACACCAAGCAAGGUCAAAUUUCUAUUACUGGCAGCUAUGAUUCCAAUAAUAGCUCCAAACAUACACAAGAAUUAAAUUCUACUCCUCGCAACGACGUUCCUAAUAAUAAGCAAAUUUCAAAGUCUACUAGUGGAAACGAUAUUCUUAAAAUUAAGCAAGCCAACGAUUAUUCAAAAGUAGGAACAAUUAAAUCAACAAAAACUAUUAGCAUUAGCAUCUUAGUUGCUGUCAUCGCUAUUAUUUUCGGAUUUGUGUUUUACUAUGGAUCAAUAUUUGAAAUAUUCUUUCCGCCUGUUGAUUCGCCUAUAUUUAGAAACCUUAUAAGCACUACCAAUUUGCUUUCUAGACAACUUGCUGAACUUAAUAUACCAGCAUCCUCCGUAAUAAUAGGAUAUCGAGUCACUAGUAAAUAUCUCGCCGAUAUUAUAAACCGAAAUAAAUUGUCUUCUAAAAAUUCUGAUAAGGUAGCACAAUACCUCAAUCAGCUUGGGGAUAAAUUAAGUAACUCGGGAGAGGCCAUCGAAAAGAUGUAUUUGACUGGUAAUUAUGCUCUUAAAGAACUUGAAUCAGAACUAAGGUUUAUCAAUGAUGAAAUUUUCCGGGAGCAGGUUAUUACAAAGCAGGAUGCAGUAUACUUUGCUAACCGCUAUGAAAAGAUUUUAAAAGCCAUCACAAAGUUGUGGGAUGAAUUCCGAAUAACUUUAAGUGAACUUGAUGAUCUUUAUGAUUUAUAUAGUGGAACUCACCAUCAACUUGCAAAAGGAAUGAAAGAUGUAGAGCUUUUUUUUGACGAGAUUGCACCAGAGUUGAAGGUGUACUAUAAUAUAGAAAAACUAAAACGAGAUCUCAGUUAUUUAAAACAGAUAAUGAAGAAAGUUCCUGACAUUCGGAAUUAUAUUAAUAACCUUUUGUUUGAAUUUAAUAAUCAUCGAACGGUAUUAAUUGGGUAUCGCAGGGAAUGGAUCGUAUUGCGGAGACGAAAACUAGUUUCUUUUGAAGAUACUGAGAAAUUAGAGGAAAUGAUUCACAAAUUAACGAAUGUAAUUAGGAUCUUUGCAAAAAAAGAUCUAGAAAAUACUGAAAAACGAAUUUACAUAUAA